AUGGGUUGCUGUUCAUCUAGUCUGGUUGACCAAGACUUGCUAGCAACAUCCACAAAUGACGAUCGUUCGACCAUACCUAGUGCUUAUAAUAAUAAAAGUAGACCAUUUAAAAGAGUUGGCUUAAUGUGGACUUCAGAUAUACCUAUAACGGAGACUCAGCUAGAAGAAAAGAGAUUUUCCUAUUGGGAAUCUGCACCUACUUAUGGGGGUAGAAUUGAGAUUUGGCAAGCUUUACAGGCGGCCUUUUCGGAAACAGAUGUACUAAUGGCAAGAUCUAUUUUAGAGGCUGCCAAUGUAUUAUUACCUACGGGAAAUCCUUGUGAGGGUUGCUUUGAUGAGCUUGGAAAUGAAUAUAAUAUACCAAUCUACUGUGUAGUACCACCUGUAAAUUUACGCUACAAUGAUGAAGAAGGCCGUUUUACUUUGCCUGACAACAAAAACGACUCUUCAGAUUCAAUAACUCGACAUAGUAUUUACUCCUCUAAUCAUUCUGAGCAUCUAGUGCCUGCACCGGAUUGCUCUUCAAGCCCAUUUAAAAUUAUCGUUAGAUUAUCGACAGAAAAAGACAUUCAGUUAACAAUAAGCUCAGAGCAUGAAACAAUUGGCUCUUUAAAGACUCGUAUUUACAAUGCUAAGGAUUCAGCCGUCGAUUCGGACACUCAUUUCUUGAGACUCAUCUAUCUUGGAAAAAUUUUAAGAGAUAACUUAUCAAUCAUUUGUGAACAAGUUGAAGUAGAAGAUGCUUUUUCAAUUCAUGGAUCAGUAAGAAUAGAAGCUGAUUGUAUUAUUCAAGCCUUAGUUGCUAUGAAGCGAAUUAAUUAG